CAGUGUCCCGACUUUUCUCGGCUCUCGUGCUGUUCCCGGUACUCGUAUCGACGACGCUAGCGUCGCGACGAACCAACCACCGACACCAUCAUCGACUUCCUUUACUCGCGAUGUUUAUUCAUGUUAACCCUUUGCCGCUGGCCUGAUCGUUCGAACGCAAUCAAUCGCGUUCUAUUCGCUCCAAUGGAAGUUUCUAGCUCUGGACAAUGUGCAAUGUGCUGUUAAAGUAACCAACGCCUAUCAUCGACGUCCAUAAGCAAUUCCACGAUCAUCGUUGAUGAUUUGGAAAUUUUUCCAAGGACCUCUGUGAUUUUUAAUAAGGGAGAGAUCUGUGGAGGUGCGAAGAGGACCAAGUAGAGAAGGGGUUGGUUCCUGGUUUAAUGAUCUGCGAUCAUCAUUGAUGAUACUGAUCCCCCAUUUUUAUUUAGAAAAAUAUUUGGAUAUCAAUCUCAAAGGAAUCAUCGAAUUUUGAAGAAGCACAAGGGAACAAGGGUGGUUUGUCGCCAUCAUCGUCAUUAACAAGAGAAUUUACGAUCAUCGUUAAUUAUACUGCCUUCGAAACGCCUCUGUGAUUUUAUUUUUCAAAAAAAAUUUAUCAAAUUCUGAAGAAGUGUUGAGAUAAAAUCGAGGCUGACUCGGCAUCAUCGUCAACGCCUAUCACCGACUUAUAUUUUCCUCUGAUUCUAUCUGAAAAUUAACUGUGAUUUAUAUCCUUGAGGAGCUCGGAAGAGGACGAAACGAUAAUCGAGGCUGUUGUCAACAAGAUCGUGUGGCAUUGGAUAGAAAGCAUGACCGCGAGGCUGAAGUGCACCUCCGCGUGAGAAGUUACCGGGACAUGUGCCUUUUGCUCUUCUAUUGAUCGCCGCGUCCCGACGCGACCACCGGAUCCUCACGUCUCGGGAUCGCGACCUACGAGAGACUCGAGGAUUCCGAGCUGUCCCGUAAAGAGUCCGCAGCCGUUGAAGGAGUUCGUGGGUCGCUGCCAGACGAUGCCAUCCCGAGUGAAAAAGUCUUUCUGUGGUUGCCUUCAGGAUGACGAGCCACCGGAAAUCACGUAUUGCGUUGUGGAGCAGACGGGCACGCUCACGCUUCAAGCGAUGACGCCCACCUUGCCGAUGCCCGCCGAGGAGGAGUUGAACAAGAUGUUCCUUGAAUUGGUGGACGAGCUGGACCUGACCCAGACCAACCGGCAGGCGGUCCUGGCACUUCCGGCGAACAAAAAGUGGCAGAUAUACUGUUCGAGGAAAGGCAACGGCACGUUGGAGAACGGUGGUCUCAGGACCACCGAUCUCAGCGGCGACCCUGAGGAUUAUAUCAACAGAUUGAAGACCAUAGCGAGUAGCCCCUUUUCCGAGGAGGGUGAAGAACUGACGAACCAGAUGCGUCAAGUAGAAGCCCUGAAGACAGCUCUCAGAACACAGCCACAUAGUUUCGUCCUCAGGUUCAUCGAACUCGAUGGUUUGAAUGCUUUGUUACAAGUGCUGGGUACCAUGGAACCGGAAGCUGCCAACAGUAACCUGCACACGAGCGUGAUAGGGUGCCUGAAGGCGUUGAUGAACAAUUCUAAUGGAAGAGCACACGUACUGGCGCACCCGACAGCCAUCAACACGAUCUCGCAGUCGCUGGCGACCGAGAAUAUCAAAACGAAAAUCUCCGUUCUGGAAAUCUUGGGCGCCGUUUGCCUGGUUCCGGGUGGCCAUCGCAAGGUCCUCGAAGCCAUGCUGCACUUCCAGCAGUACCAUUUCGAACGAACGCGUUUCCAAAGCAUCAUCAACGACCUGGACAAGAACUUCGGCAUCUAUAAAGACAAUCUGUCUCUAAAGACAGCGAUCAUGUCGUUCAUCAACGCAGUGCUAAACUACGGACCUGGACAGGUGACUCUGGAGUUCAGACUGCAUCUAAGAUACGAACUCCUGAUGCUCGGUAUCCAACCCAUCAUCGAGAAGCUGAGGAAAUAUGAAAAUGAGACACUGGACAGACACUUGGACUUCUUCGAGAUGGUCAGGAACGAAGAUGAGAAGGAACUUGCUAGGAAGUUUGAAAAGGAACACGUAGACACGAAGAGUGCUACUGCUAUGUUUGAUCUAGUUAGAAGGAAACUCAGCCACACGGCUGCCUAUCCUCAUCUGUUGAGUCUUCUGCAACACUGUCUAUUGCUGCCUCUUGAUUAUGGUUCCUAUCCGCAGCAUUGGUUACUCUUCGAUCGUAUCGUACAGCAGAUCGUCCUCCAAUCGGAAGGAAACGAGACCGGUGUUACGAGGAACCCCGACGUGGCACCGAUCGAGAUAAACGUGAAGGAAAUUGUCCACCUGCUCGCUAAGGAAGAGGAACUCGUCGCGGCCAGGAAGAAGGCCGAAGAGUUGGAGCGAGAAAACUCGGACAUGUCGACCAGAUUGGCCAAGAAGGAACAAGAGUUGGAUCUGAGGACGCAGGAGAAAGAAGACAUGGAGGCCAGUUUGGCGAGAGUGAAAGAGCGUCUCGAAAAGGAGACGUCGAUGCAUAUAGAGACGAAACAGAGAAUCUCGGAGCUGCAGGACAAUUUGGAGACGCUAUCCCGGCAGAUAAACAAUGAAAAGUCUGAGAGGAAACGACUGGAACAGUUGGUAGCCUCGGGAAGUUUGCCGGAUGAUGCUAAAGCGACGAUCAAAAUCGUGGAGGAUGAGGUUCUUGAGAAAGUGGAGUCGAAACCGAUGCCUCCACCUCCUCCGCCUCCGCCUUUGGCACCUCCUCCACCACCUUGCCUAAUGCCAGCAGCACCUCCUCCUAUGAAGGUGGAGAUAAUAAAGAACGUCCCUCAACCAAGCAACCCCCUGAAAUCGUUCAAUUGGUCCAAGAUCCCGGAACAGAAGCUGCAGGGAACCAUAUGGUCGGAAUUAGACGACACGAAAUUGUAUAACGUUAUGGACUUAGAGUCCAUCGAUAAGAUUUUCUGCGCUUAUCAGAAAAACGGUGUCUCUGCAGAGGGUUCGAUCGAGGAUCUGAGAACUCUUGGAAAAAACAAGAAAACCAUGUCGGUGAUCGAUUCAAGGCGAGCACAAAAUUGCACGAUAUUACUAUCGAAACUGAAGAUGACCGAUAACGAGAUCACCAGAACGAUCCUCUCUAUGGAUCAGCAAAAUAUUUUGCACAUAGACAUGGUGGAGCAAUUGCUCAAGUAUAUUCCGUCAUCCGAAGAGGCUGCUCUGUUGGACAUGCAUCAGAAAGAACUGCAAAGCAGGGCUGACUGUUUCUUAUACCAAAUAUCCAAAGUACCCCACUACGAGCAAAGAUUGCGAUCGCUUCACUACAAAAAGAAAUUCGCAGCCAGCAUCGCGGAAUUGACGCCGAGAAUGCGCGCGGUUCUCGAGGCGAGUCGGCAAGUGGCCAGAUCAAGGAGGCUCAGAAAGUUGUUGGAACUGGUGCUGGCUCUAGGGAAUUACGUAAAUCGUGGGAAUGCUCGGGGGAAUGCUUGCGGCUUCCGUUUAGCCUCGCUGAACCGUCUAGUCGACACCAAGUCCUCCUGCUCUAAAGGGACAACCUUGUUGCACUACUUGGUUCAGAUCCUGGAGUCGAGGUUCAGAGAGGUGUUGGAUAUCGAGGAGGACAUGCCUCACGUUCGAACCGCGGCUAGAGUCAGCAUGGCUGAUCUGCAAAAAGAGGUGGCUAAUCUGAAGAACGGUCUCCAAGAUGUUCAAAGGGAAAUAGAAUUCCACCGUGGUCAGUCUCAAGUGCUUCAGGGAGACAUGUUCUUGCCAGCGAUGAGAGACUUCCAGGCGCAGGCGACUUGUAGAUUAGCGGAAGCGGAGGACCUGUUCCAGGACAUGAAGACCAGGUUCGAUCGAGCGGUGAGACUGUUUGGUGAGGAUUCCGCGGGGGUGCAACCGGACGAGUUCUUCGGCAUCUUCGAGAACUUUUUGCAGGCAUUAGCGGAGGCCAGACAGGACGUGGAGAACAUGAGGAAGAAGAUCGAAGAAGAGGAACGUCGAGCGAAACAGGAACAAGAACUUCGAAAGAGAACAAUGGAGCGAAAGAAUUCACGAGAAGGGAUAUUGAAUAGCAUUUCUUUGAGCAAGAAGAACGAGGUGAACAGUAACGGGCAAACGGACAACAAGGGCGAAUUCGAUGACUUGAUAUCAGCCCUUCGCACAGGGGAUGUUUUCGGGGAAGACAUCGCGAAAUUCAAGAGAUCGAAACGUAGACCCGUGACCCCGAGCGGGCAAGAAUCGCGCAGACACAGCGCGCACAGAGAAGACUCGAGGGAACGGCAUUGAGAUAAUUAAAGCUGCGAUUGAUCGCUUUGAAAUUAUCUUGAAAUGAUCAGGAAAUGAAUAGUUUCUGGUUUGACAGCCAUCGAUUCGAUGGAUCUGCGAUUUAAACGAUAUGUGAUAGGAAAGAAGAAAAGAAAAUGUUCGAGUAGAGAGACAGUGAAGAAUACGUAAAACCAGUAGGGAACAUGUAAAUAGAUUUUUUUUAAAUGAAGAAUAUAGGUUUCUCGCGAAUUUCUUCAUCGAUUAUGUAGAAUUAUUUUCAUUUUUGGUUUGUUGUCUUUGAAGAUGUCUUCCUCCUUCGCUCGUGAUUUAUUUCUGAUUCGAAGUUUCUUAAAUUUAUCUAAAAAUCACUGGUAUUCCUUUGGGAUUAUUUGCUUUUUCAAAUUUCUAUGUUACGUGUCUGUCAUUUAUUUGCAGACAAAAUUAAAGAGCACAAAGACUUGUUGCAGUAGGGUGUUUAAAUUUAGGGAAUUGACGUAUGAAAUAUUAAAAAAGCUAUAGUACAGA